AUGGCUAAUCGUAAUUUUAAUGAUGCUUGUGUUCUUUCUCAGAAUAUCUUGGAUUACGUUUUUGAAUGGUCGAAACUUUAUAAGCUGGAAUUCAAUCCUUUGAAAUCUAAAGUUAUGAUGAUACAUAAAAAGUCGAUACCGGAUGGGGUUAUUCAGUUGACUCUUGGGAAUGAACCUAUUGAAGAAGUAAAGCUGAUAAAGUAUUUGGCAGUUAUUGUUGAUAAUAAACUGCAGUUUAAGCAGCACAUAUCUUAUGUAUCCAGUAAAAGUGAAAAACUUCUUCUUGCUUUAUUGCGAAUUUCAAAAAAUACUUACGGGGUUAAAACAGAUGUUCUUAAAUUAAUAUAUAAUCAAGGUAUUGUACCACUUAUUUCAUACGCUUCAGGAUCUUGGGGAAACUCUUUGAGAAAGAAGAUAAAUAUUAGAAUCCUUAGGAGAACUCAAAGAAGAAUUCUUCUACGUAUUAUUCGGGGAUAUAGAACUGUUAGUUAUGAUGCGGUCUUUGUUAUCGCUGGUCUACCGCCUAUUGAUUUAAUUAUCUUAAAUAAUCUUGAAUUAAAGGAGAAGAUAAAAGACAACGAUUGUCUAAACCUGGACGGGAAGCUUCCUAUUUCAUGUUUGCCCCACCCAGCAUGCGGGAAACCUGUUAUAAUUAUUUCUUAUGUAAAUAAUGUUUUUCAGGAAUAUAAAACUAUCUGCUUUACGGAUGGUAGCAAGCUUGAUGGAAGGGUUGGUCUUGCUUUUGUAAUUUAUGAAAAUGGAACAGAAAAGGUUACUGCCAAGCACCGACUACAUAAUGAAUGUACUGUUUUCCAGGCUGAACUUUUGUGUNACGUUGCCCUCCGAUAG